CAUACAACUGAGAGGAUGGGUGAGUUUGAGGACGCUGCCUGUGACAUACGUCCCUUCUUAUAUACCAUGAGCUCUGGCUCUGCCCAGGAUGUGGCAGUCGAGCAUUUCCUGCGUGACAUAGAGCGGCGAAGCAAGCGGCUACACUGCGCUGUGAUAGGCUGCGAGGAGGAGCGACCCUGCAGCGACAUGAACCUGCUGUAUCGUAAGAGCCGUUUGGACUGGCGGCAGAGGGACCAGGAGGGGAGUAAAAAAAGCUCCACCCAGAAUGACUCGUCAGCCACUGUCGGCAAAGUUCGAGACUUGGCUUCUUUCCGUCGACACUUUCGAAUGGGUUUCAUGACCAUGCCGGCCUCCCAGGACCUGUCCCCUCACUCCUGUGCCUCUGCCAUGGCGCCGCGCUCGCAGUCCUGCCACGCUGUCGGUGCCGGUGAUACGGAUCUGGAGAACGGGGAUUACUCCGACACCCAAUCCCAACACGGCGGCCGCUGCCCCCCGGCCAAACCCAAACGUCACCCCAGCACUCGCCUCAGCUCCUCAUCCGCUGACGGCAGAGGACUUCCUGACACACCGCCACCUUCCUCUUCGUCGUCCCACUCGCAGGGAAAACACUCAGAGAAGAAAAAUGCCAUGAAGAAGUCUGACUCUGGGGAGAUUGGCUCCAAGAAGGUGCCUCCAUUAAAGCCCAAAAGAAGUCCAAGCACCCAGCUGACCUUUGAACCUCUUCCUCCACGCGUGCCUGGUGCUGCUAUGUCCCUGCCUUUCCAGGGCCCGGACGGUCAGAUUCGUAUAGUUGAUGGGGACGAUGAGCCAGUUUAUAUCGAGAUGGUGGGUCAAGUGUUCACCAGAGACAGCCAGACAGCCACCCCACAUCCUGUCACCCCCAUGGCCACCACCCCUGACUCUGACUCGGAUCAGAGUGAGGCCAUUUACGAGGAAAUGAAAUACCCGCUGCAUGAGGACAGAGACUCCCAGAGACACCUCCCUCCCAAACAUGAGAAACUGAAAUCCUCUAAACACUUUCAUGUCACCCCUUCCUCCUCCAACAGCUCCUCCUCUCUGCCCCGCCCCUCCUCCUCCUCUCCAUCAUACUCCAAACCCAAAGCUACUGUCUCCAUCUCCCAUUCGUCUCCUCUGCCUUCCUCAACGUCCUCAACCCCAGUUCCGCAGGUCCUCUCCACCAGUCCACACACCCCAAGAGCUCCAACUCCCUACCUGCUGCAAGGGAAUAAAUCAGAGCCCGAGACCAACACAAAAAUCCCUGCCCCUUUUCCCAAUCUUCUCCAGCACCGCCCCCCUCUACUCGCCUUCCCUCAGCCUGCAGCAGCCUCCAGUGGGGUUGGCAUGCAAAACAAAUCGUCUUCAUCUGCCAAAACUCAAACGUCCAGCGGGUCAACUCAAGCCAGCAUCUCCUCCUCAGCUUCCUCCUCUAAUGUUCCUUCAUCGAAGGAGUCGUCAGGAGGGAGUUCAUCCCAGCAGGACAAACACAGCAGAGAUAUAGGGCCCGCCCCCGGUCUGAGAGCAAGGAGUCACUCCACGCCUUUGCCUCCCUCAUCUAAAUCCACCUCCCCUUACUCUCAUCACCAUCACCAUCCGCACCAUCGACCCUCACACUACCAUCACUACCGAAAGCCAGAUAGAGGAGACUCACCAGUUCCAGGCAAGAGCAGCUCACAGUCGUCGACUCAGGCCACAGUCCAGACCCAGACGUCGAGUACGGGCAGGGAAGGGAAGUCAGUUAGCUUCAUGUUAAAGUCUGAUAGAGAGAGGGAGAAAGACAGAGACAGGGACAGGGACAGAGACAGAGACAGGGACAGAGACAGGGAUAGAGACAGAGACAGAGACAGAGAUAGAGACAAGGAUCGGGACAAGGAAAGGGACAGGGACCGAGAUAGAGAGAGGGACAGGGACAGGGUUCGAGACAGGGACAAGGAGAAAGACAGAGAACGAGACCGAGACAGGGAUAGAGAAAGGGAAAAGGAAAGAGACAGAGAAAGGGACAGAGACAGGGAUCGGGAUAGGGAUCGGGAUCGGGAUAGGGAUAGAGAUAGGGAUAGGGAUCGGGACAGUGGUCCUUACUCUUUACCCCUGGAGCACACCCACUCUUCUUCCCAAAGCGGCACCAGCUCCACCCCUACGCCUUUAUCCUCCUCCCAGCGUCCUCAUUCCCGCCCUCAUCUUCGCUCUCACACCCCUCACGGCCUGCCAGCAUACAAGCCUCCCUCCUCAGACAGCCCCCUGCUGUGGACCUACCCAUCUGGCGGCUUCCGGAGACCGCCGGCUUACGAGAGCCUGAGAGGAAGCUCUCAUACGCCGUCCCUUCAACAGCCCUCGAGCCUUACUGGUGUUGGCGAGGGGACGUCUAAAAGUAACGGAGGGUCAGGGUCACAUCAUUCAAAAGUUGGCUUCAUGCCCUGGGACAGCAGUGCUAGCUUAGCCGCAGAUGAUGGAUCUUACUGGCCAAUGCAGAGGAAACUGUCCUUCAGCCAUGGGAGCAGAGACACAGAGAAGGAUGACGGCCGUGCGUGGAAUGGCAGUGCAGAUGCCCUAUUAAGAAUGGAUAAGGAGGACCUCUGCAUGGGGUCUCGAGGAGGACACUCAGGCAUUCCAGUCCACUUCAGCAGUGCCACCAGCAGGGCCCUGGGUCACAGUGAGUCCCUGGCAGGUGUGGACAGCAGCCCGGGUUUCAGAGCACUCCCCAGGGUGGGUCUGCCUCUUCCCUGCCAGACUUUCCCUGCCUGUCGCAAUGGAGAAGUGGGGCGGCUGGGCCGCUCCUCCUCUGCUGCUGGAGUGAGACAAGUGGGUGGAGGAGACGUCCAGAGACAGAGCAGCCUACCAGUACGAGAAGCCCUGAAUCAGCUGCACGGUCUGGCCCAGUCACAGGUGCCCUGCAGUCCCAGCAGCCCCAGCGUGUCUCGGCAGCAGCAGCAGCUCCAGCUCCACCAGCAGCAGCUCCAGCUGAAGCAGCAGCUCCAGCAGCUUCAGCAACAGCACCACCUACAGUUGCAGUUCCAGCAGCUCGCCCAGCUGGCACAGGGACAGCCUCCUGUCGGCGGGGGCACCACCCCGUCUGCAUCACAGACCCAGAGAGACGGCAAGCUGUUGGAAGUCAUCGAGCGUAAACGCUGCCUGUGCAAAGAGAUCAAAGCUCACAGGCGCCCUGACAAAAGCCUUUGCAAGCAGGACAGCAUGCCCAUCCUCCCGAGCUGGAGACGGACACCUGAGCCUCGCAAGACUGGCACGCCACCCUGCCAGAGGCCACAGGCUGUUGUGUGGGACACGGCUAUCUGAGGUGGAAAGACAGGCUGAUGAAUGCAGCACUAAAGAGACAUAAACACACAGAGGAGAAGAUGGUUGAAGAGCCAUGAGGACAUGAGAGGAGUAAACCUGGUUCAGUGGAGAGAAACCUGUUGUGCUCUUGCUGUGUGAUAAACUGAUCUCAGAGCAGAAAUGAAAGUUAUCAGACACUUUGAACCUGUUUGGGGAAAAAAUAGAAACAGGUUGAUAAAAGAGGUGAGACAAGUGUUACAAUCAGACUAAAUUAAUCUCCUAACUGGAAGAUUUGUACUGCUCUGUCCUUUUGGAUGUGUUCUAAUUGCCAAUGAUCUUUUGCCACAAAACGCCAGUGUUGUUGCCACAAGACAAAAGCGCCAACUUAACAAUAAUGGGUGGAAUGUUUUCAGAGAUUGGUGUUGCCAAAUUUUCUCCUGACUACUUGAGACAUAAAGGAAUCAUGUAUUUUUUCUCCAACACACAUAGAAACUACUCUGUGAAUGACAAAAGGCAGGACUCAUUGAUAAGUAAAUGAAGUGUUUCUUGAAAUCGUGAAUGCAUUAUGAGAUGUCUUGGUAUCAGUAGAUCGUCAUUGUGGAUGCAAAUAAUCAUCACUGAGGAGUAAAAGCUACCUACUGUAUCUGUUUGCAUAUUUGUAAUGUAAAUCUCUUUACUUUCUCAACGUUUCUGCAAUUUUAUAGCAAUAUGCUCCCAACGGCGGAGCAACAUAAUUAAGACUUGUGUCAACUAGCCUAACAUACAUAUCUAAGACUUGAAGAAGUCAUAUUUACUGUGUCAUUCUCUGCAUGUCACGAUAGACAUACAGUAUUGUAAAAGAAUAUGUGUAGAGAUGAUCAUGUGCAACUUUUACAUUCAGCAGAUCUUCACUAUGAUAACGUGUGGUUGUAUAAAAACAACAAAUAUAUCGCUAAUAAAGGUGAUGUGACAGAUCCAGCCAAAUAUAGAUACAGGUCAAUGGUACAAAAACGUCAUCGCUCAUGCUUCUCCACGGUUGCACAUUAGUGAUUGUUCCACCACACAGAAAAACAAGCACUGACACCCAUCAACACAGACUGUAAUACAUGGUGCAACUGAUGAGACUGUGAGUAUUGAUCACCUCAAACAGAAUGCUGGAACAAUCUGCACAAAAAACAUGGUAUUCGCUUAGGAGAAAUUAAACCCUAAUGUACUGUAAAUAGAUAUGUACAACUGUAUUGAAAAUGUAGCAAUUAUUUCCAUUUUCAUACUUGUAAUCGAUACAUAUUAUGUAGCAUAUACUGUAUAAACAUAACUUUGUUCACUUGUUUUUUUCUAAAAGAAUUAAGUACUUUAUCUGCUGCAGCCAGUCCAUGCAUUACUUAUAGUUUUACUAGUAAACAGUAAGCCCUCUGAAGAAAGGCACAGGCCAACAGUUGUUUAUUUGAAAUUUAUGCAAGACUCCCUUUAAGCUGUGUUUUCUUUUAUUUAUGCCUUUUUUAUGACAUACACUUUUAUUUGUGUACAGAUUUCAACAGCUCUUUGUCUUGACAUUUUAACUACUUUGCUGCUAUCUUGAACUACUGGUGUUGUUCAUUGGACCACAUGGUGUUACCAUGGGAAACAUUAUCAAUAUAGUGGUUAUUGUUACAUAUUUGUUUUAUUUCUGAAAGCCACGUGUACUGGAGUUUGUACCUUGAAGAGUGAGCCCUUCUGUACUCGUAUUAAGGCACUUGAAUGUCUCUUGGUUGUUGUUGUUUUUUAAUGAUAGUUAGCACCAAGUUGUACAGUUACAGUACACCCCGUGAGAAGACGACCUAUCUAAAUGUUUGAGAGUCACUGCUUGGCCUUUUUUUGUUUUAGGUCCCACCUGCUUGUGUUUGGGGGGUUGAGGUUUGUAAAGCAUCCAUUUUCAAACAAACACAGGUCAGGGUGAAGGAAAUGGGCGAGUGCAAUGCAUGCAGAGAUUCCUUAGACUGGAAAACGUUCCUAUGAUGCUGACUAUUGUGCCCGAUUUAAUUUCAGAUACCGAAUAAUCACCUUUUUUCCUUUUCACAGACUGAUAUGGACCCUAGGUAUCAUUUCCAAACUAGUUUACAGAAGCUGUUGGUUGUGUGUCUUCUAAAACAGUGGCCAUUAUAUGAGUGCCAUACUAUAUUGAUAUGGUAAGAUACGGUGUACCUUGGAAAUCACUGUAGUGCUAUAUUUGCAUUGAUAUUGUCAUUCAAAAUAAAUUUUAUAUAACGAACUUUA